CAGCGUCCGUCCGCGAGGAGGCAGCGGAGCCGGGACUGCAGCCUCGCUCGGGGCGCCCCGGGCCCCCCGGAGGCCGGCCGCGCCGAGGGAGCGGAGCUUGGGGUUUCCAUCCCGAGGAGCCCGUCGGAAGUGCUCGUGCAGCGGGGUGUGAACUGCAGCUGCAGAAGCAACAGGUGAACCUUUCAAGAUGCAUACAGGGCUGCAAGAAAUGAGGGGAGAGGCUGGAGAGACCAAUGAAGGGUCAAAGAAACUUGUUUCCUGGGUUUAAUAGGAAAAGCUUGCUUUCUGCAGACAACUGAAAAAACUGCCUUUGGAAACUGUUUCUUUGGCCUGCAUGGAGCAGCUGGGACUUACACUGUGAGGCCCUUGACGGGACAAGCUCUCACCCACUGAUCAUCCAGAGUGAUUGUCACCAUGGCCAGCAAGAGGAAGUCCACCACCCCGUGCAUGAUCCCUGUGAAGACCGUGGUGCUGCAGGAACCCGGUGCGGAGGCCCAGCCUGCCGCAGCUCUGCCCGAAGGACCCCCGCAGGAGCUGCCCCCUGAAGUGCCAGCUACCAGCAGCGAGGUCGCCCAGACGGCCAGCAGUACCGACGGCGCCGCCCUGGCCAAUGGGCACCGGAGCACUUUGGAUGGCUACUCGUAUUCCUGCAGAUACUGUGAUUUCAGAUCCCAGGACAUAACCCAGUUUGUGGGACACAUGAACUCAGAGCACAUGGACUUUACUAAGGACCCAACUUUUGUCUGCACUGAAUGCAGUUUUCUGGCAAAAACUCCUGAGGGACUUUCUCUGCACAAUGCCAAGUGUCACUCGGGGGAAGCCAGCUUUGUGUGGAAUGUGGCCAAGCCAGACAAUCAUGUCAUCGUGGAGCAGAGUGUCCCUGAGAGCACCUGCACUCCUGACCUAUCGAGUGAGCCCAACACUGAAGGGACCGAUGGACAGGCUGAAAUCAUCAUUACCAAAACCCCAAUCAUGAAGAUAAUGAAAGGCAAAGCUGAAGCCAAAAAAAUUCAUACACUCAAGGAGAACCUCCCCAGUCAGCCUGUGGGUGACACGGCCUUACCAAACCCCUCAGCUGGGGAGAGUGAGGCGAAGGAGGGGGAUCACUCCUUUGUCAACGGGGCGGUCCCGGUCGCUCAGCCAGCCAGCAGCUCGGCAAAAGGGCCGCAUGUGGCCAAUGGUCCCCUGCUGGGAGCGGUGCCGGUUCUGCCGGCUGGUCUGGCACAGUUCCUCCCCCUGCAGCAGCCGCCCCCCGUGCACGCCCAGCACCACGGCCACCAGCCGCUGCCCACUUCCAAGUCCCUGCCCAAGGUGAUGAUCCCACUGAGCAGCAUCCCCACCUACAAUGCGGCCAUGGAUUCCAACAGCUUUCUCAAGAACUCCUUCCACAAGUUCCCCUACCCGACCAAAGCUGAGCUCUGCUACUUGACUGUUGUCACCAAGUACCCGGAAGAGCAGCUCAAGAUCUGGUUCACAGCCCAGAGGCUGAAGCAGGGCAUCAGCUGGUCCCCCGAGGAGAUCGAGGACGCCCGGAAAAAGAUGUUCAAUACGGUCAUUCAGUCCGUACCCCAGCCCACAAUCACUGUCCUCAACACGCCCCUGGUGGCCAGUGCCGGCGGCGUGCAGCACCUCAUCCAGGCCGCCCUCCCGGGCCACGUGGUGGGGCAGCCCGAGGGCGCAGCGGGUGGCCUGCUGGUCACGCAGCCACUGAUGGCCAAUGGGCUGCAGGCGCCCAGCUCAGCCCUGCCGCCGGCGGUCACGUCGGUCCCCAAGCAGCCCACUGUGGCGCCCAUUAACACUGUGUGCUCCAACACCACGUCGGCCGUGAAGGUGGUCAACGCGGCCCAGUCGCUGCUCACGGCGUGCCCCAGCAUCACCUCCCAAGCCUUCCUGGACGCCAGCAUCUACAAGAACAAGAAGUCUCACGAACAGCUGUCCGCCCUGAAAGGAAGCUUCUGUCGGAACCAGUUCCCGGGGCAGAGCGAGGUGGAGCAUCUGACCAGAGUGACGGGCCUCAGCACCAGGGAGGUGCGCAAGUGGUUCAGCGACCGCCGGUACCACUGCCGGAACCUCAAGGGCUCCAGGACCGUGCUGCCCGGUGACCCCGGCGCCAUCAUCAUCGACCCCGGGCCCGAGGCGCCCUUCUCCCCAGCGGCAGCCAAGGCCCCCGAGGUGCCCUGCGGCCCGCCCGCGGCCACCCUGGCUGCCCCCCCUUCCGCCAGACGCCAGGCCUGGCACCAGACCCCCGACUUCACGCCAACCAAGUACAAGGAGCGAGCCCCCGAGCAGCUCAGAGCCCUGGAGAGCAGUUUUGCGCAGAACCCUCUUCCUCCCGACGACGAGCUGGACCGCCUGAGGACGGAAACCAAGAUGACCCGGAGAGAGAUCGACAGCUGGUUCUCAGAGAGGCGGAAGAGAGUGGGUGCCGAGGACACCAGGAGGGCUGAUGGGGGCGCUGCUCUGGAGGAGGAGGAGGUGGUGGCUGUGGCUGCGGAGGACGAGGCGGGGGACGAGGAGCUGGUGGGGGACCUCAGGGUCCCCGGCGAAGAUGGCUCCCCGGAGGCGCUCGGCGGCCACUUGCUGGCGGAGCGCAAGGUCAGCCCCAUCAAGAUCAACCUCAAGAACCUGCGGGUCACCGAGGCCAACGGCAGGAGCGAGCUCCCGGGGCCGGGCGCCUGCGAGCCCGAGGAGGAAGGGCCCGGCAAGCCGGCCGAGCAGCCCCCCGGCAAGGCGAGCUGCAAGAAGACCGCCCAGCAGCGGCACCUGCUGCGCCAGCUGUUCGUGCAGACGCGAUGGCCCAGCACCCAGGACUACGACGCCAUCAUGGCCCAGACUGGCCUGCCGCGGCCUGAGGUGGUGCGCUGGUUUGGGGACAGUAGGUACGCCCUGAAGAACGGCCAGCUCAAGUGGUACGAAGACUAUAAGCGGGGCAACUUCCCCCCAGGCCUGCUGGUCGUCACCCCGGGCAACCGGGAGCUGCUGCAGGGCUAUUACCUGUCGCACAAGACGCUGUGCGAGGAGGACCUGCAGAGCCUCUGCGACAAGACCCAGAUGAGCUCCCAGCAGGUGAAGCAGUGGUUUGCGGAGAAAAUGGGCGAGGAGACCCGGGCUGUGGCGGACACAGGCGGUGAGGACCAGGGCGCCGGCGAGCCCGCGGCUGGGCACAAAGGGACGGGGGACGCGUAUUCGGAGGUGUCGGAGAACAGUGAGUCGUGGGAGCCCGGCGCCCCUGAGGUCGGCUCGGAGCCCGUUGAUGCCCCGAGUCCCCAGGCUGGACUUCAGCUGGAAACAGACUGAAUUUGAACUGAUUACUCUGAAGGACUGGCCAGUCCGGGAUGCCGCCUGCCAUGUGGAAGGCAGUCAACCUGACUCUCUGCUGCCACGUGCUGUCCCCAUGCCCAUCACUGGGCAUGCACGAGAGCUUCUGGAGGCCUCGUCACCAGCCCAGAGCGCGCCGCCACCUCCGGCCUGCCGCCACCGAGCAAGCCAGCGGGGAGAGUAGAGUUCUUGUCAGUUCUUCCUCCCACGAUGUAGGGCCUUUCCUUUGCCUUCCAGUGGAUAAAAUAGUUCAGAUUUCAUAUUCAUAGACACGGAAUCAAGUUUUUAACAUAUAAAUCCGCCUAUACACAUUUAAUAAAACAUCAGAUUAUAAACACUUUCAUUACAUAGAAACUUUGGUUAGCAAGCAGUACGUUGUCUUUUACAUCAUCUCUGAAAACGCCCUGUGUCUGUUCUCUGGAGAUCCUGGGCCGCGUGUCCCCUGCACAGUGGGCAGGGCGCACCAGUCUGAAGCCCCAGGCGCCCCUGUGCGCCCGUCAAGGGAAGGCAGUAUCUUUGCAGAGGCCUCCACCCCGGCGGCCAGCACCGGGCCACCUGCUCGCCUUGCCCCGUGGGCGGAUCAGCGGGCACCGCCCUCACCUGUGAGCUGAAAACCCACUGCUCACCAGGUAGCCUUUGCUCACCGCCCUCGUACGUGGUUCCAGCUGUUCUUCUUGUUUGUGGGAGUUUGAAUCAUGGACCAGAACUUUUCAGUUAUCAGAUCAACUUAAAGAAGCAUUUGUUGUUAAACCUGAUGUACUGACCUAUGUGCCCAUGUUCUUGUUGUUUCUUUUUCAAUCUAGAUGUGUUGAGAGUGAGAGGAAAAUUGGAAAAAGAAACAGGCAGGGCUGAAAGUAGAGGUGCGCGGACCCGGCACGUGGCUCUGGCAGCUGUGGUUUUUUGGAGCCCUUGACCCACACUCACUUCAAGGCUGCCUGUGUCUGGGAAGGAAGACCCGCACUCGGCUGGGAGUAGGAGUGAGCACUGCUGGGAUCUGGGGACUUGGGGCGGUGCUGCAUACGGAGACCGACACGUUGGGGUUCCUGGCAGCACACCCGGAGGACUCAGGGCCCCCCGCUGAGGGCCUGCCUGGGUGCUGGACAUCACUAGACAGGCCCUGCUGAGGAUGUUAAGUUCUGCACUAUGUCCCCAGAUUUGGAAACAAGAUCGUCUACUUAAGCCUAAUCCUCAUAUUCAUUUUUUUUUUAAUUGAGAAAAAUCACAGGAAAAGGUGCUUUUGAAACACUGGGAAACUGGCUUACAAAGCUGUACUACAUGGUAAAUCCCCAUUUCCCCCAAACUGGCUGCUCUGAGAGCAGCGGCAAGUGGAGACAGGGCAGCAGAAGUCAUGUCCCCCGCAGCUCCGCUCGCCUCCCGGAGACCACCUGCCUCCCAAAGCACCGAGGCCUUGUAAGCCUGCUCCUCCCGGCCAGGGCGGGGUGGGCGGCACCAGGGGCCCCCGAGAGAGGGCAGGGGCUUGGGCACAACAGCCCAUGGUGGGUGGUGCUGUCCUCCUUGCCCGCCCUGGAGCUGGACCAGGGGACGCAUCUUGCUGGCUUGGCUCUAAGGCGAAGAUGGAGGUGGCCCUUCUGCCUUCCAGGAGAGGGCUUUCGCUGGAAACCAAAAGCCCUCGAGCCCCCGUUCUUCUAAAGUGUCUUCUGCUCUCCUGGGCCCAGUAGGGACCACCUCGUAGUUGUUUCAAAUGUGACAUGUGAGCACUUGGCAAGUCUGUGCCCCUUGUUUGUGUCCUUUGCAUUGGAGCAUGAAGCUCUUUAGCCCCAAAGACGUCUCGGCAGAAUUGGUGAGCGGCGAUUGCCUUCCUUCAGAGAACAGACACCUGGAGCUUUUCCUUUAGUGUUUAUGUACGUGCAGAUUAAUUUAUAUAUACACAUAGAUACAGGACAGAUACUCAUCUGAUAUUUUCUGAUAAAGUGCACAUCUGAGGUGGCUGUUGGGGAAGGUAGCCUGUGUUGGAGGGAAGGCCGGUCCCCUGGGAGCAGCUGAGGCCACCCGGCCGGAAACCGUCUGAGUGCCUGAGACCCCAUCCUGCCGCCUCACUCCCAGAGCCCCGCAUGCACUGCACAAGGGGCUUUACAGAGGAUUUUCUUGGUUAUUUAAGUUAUAUAUCAUUUACAACCCAAACAGCAAAAGAAAAACUAAAUUACAUGGUGGACAAGUUCAUGCAGGACGUAGCGACCCGGCUUCGGCACCAGCCCAGCUUUAGAAGGUGGAGAGGCUACAGGCCUGCCCGCCUGGGCGUGUUUUCCUCAGAGGUUAGCCCUGCCCAGUGGCCAGGGCCAUCCCACAAUGGCAGGACUGCCCAGGUAAGGAGCCCCGCAGACAAGACUGUCCUUCCUCCUCCCUGCGCUCUGGACCAGAGCAGACGGUGGGGUUGGAGCCCUAUACUCGCAAGAAUCAGAAGAAUCAGACGAUCAGAGGUGAUGGCAAGAGGGCCGGCAGGGUGGGUGAGCAGGUGCCCAGGGCUCUGGGUGCUUGGGGAGCACAGCCAACCUGGUACACAGACCGACACAGGUCCGGAGUUUGGGGGUGUGGGACCGCAGCAGCAGGCCCUGUGUCCUGUCGCAGGACAGAUCACUGUGGUUUUGCAUGCUGUCGAAGGGUGUCUGUGAUUUCGCCUCGGGCAGAUGGCGGUCUGUGGGCUGAAGAGUUGAGAGGUGGGGUUAGUCUCUCCUGAAGAAAAGGCUGUUGUAUGAGGUGACUCAUCUUUCCCCUCUUUGUAUGCACGUGGACUCGUCAGAGAUAGUAAAAUAUUUCAGUGUUUCUUGUCACCUAUGUCUGGCACAUGUUUGGUUUAUUAUAUUUUUUACAUGGGGUUGUAGAUUCUGUUGUAAUAGGUGAAACCCGAUCACCAUUCUGAUAAAGGAAGUCUGGGUUUAUGAUACACAUACUUUACAUAUUUUGAUUACUUAUUUUAAUUCUUGACUAUUAAAGGAGGGUUUUGAUUUGAGAGGAGGGUUCUCAUUUUCAGGAGCCUCCGGUUCCUGAAAUAGAGGGCCUGGUUGGAUGGCCUGUUGGCAUUUGGGGUUUGGUAGUGCUGUGUGACUUGGAGCUCCUGGCUUGGCCAAGUGACUGGCGGCUGUCCCGGGGGACCAAAGCGCCUUGACCCGAGGCCCUGCUCCCUGUUCCCCAGAAGCACGGCUGUGGGAGCCGGGCAGAGUUGGCGGAGCUCGUGGGCUCCCAGUGCACGGAUGGCGGCAUCCCAGCUGGCGGUGGGAGGCUGUCCCACCAGGAAGUCUCCGCAUGGUUUCCAGGCUGAGAUGUGGCUCUUCAACCUCAGUCAGUGGCCCAGUGAUAGGUCUCAUGUCACCUCCCUUUCCCCUCUGGCUCUGGGACAUCUGUGCCAGGCUGAUUCCAGGGAGGGUGGGUGCCGGCCUUUCCCUGCACAUCCUCGCGCAGCUCCCGCCUGUGCCACCUGGUCUCCGGCCCUGUCGCCUCUGUCUUCCUCUUCUCUUCUCAGAGCAGCUUUGUCACUUUAACCGUCACAGCCCAGGUGAUCCAGGCAUUUUGUGAGGGCAGAGAACCGGCCAAGAAGAAAGCCUGAAACCAAAUCAAACCUGGAAUUUGGGCUUUUUCUAAUCUCCCCUCUUUUUUCCUUGCUCAGAGUUGAUCUGGGGCAGGUUAUUGGUUUGGCUCACCUUUUGUAUUAAGUUUAAAUUCUCCUUUAGUCCCUCGAUGUGCAGGAGAAGAAAUACUGGAGAAGAAAGAUCCCAUAGAUGCGCGAGGAUCCACACGACUGAGUUCCGGGCCAGAGCCAGCAGCUGCCUGGGCCAGGAGGCUAACCAGCCGGGCUCUGCGCCCUCCCAUCUGGAGCUCCGUCUCCACGUCUCCUGACUCUGCUUCCUUUGCGCCCUUUCCUGAGGAGCACAGGCUCGCCUGGCCUUCCUGCCCAGACCUUGGGGGCCAAGUGGGUGUGGCUGGGGGGAGCACCUGCCCUGGAGAAAGCAGGGCGUGGGGAGCCCGAGCCGCCCCCUCAUCGUCCUCUCCCCCAGCCAGACUGUGGUCUGAGGCCAUCAUGAUGUUUCUCUGGCCAUUUGUCACAGCCAAGCUGUGCGACACCAGGGCUGAGGAGGCUGGAGGCAGCUUCUCGUCAAAGUGGGGUUUGUGCUUGGGCCAAGUGACCGCGGAAGUGACGACUGUGGGUGCUUCUCGCUGCCUACCCAGUCCCGCUCCACCUCCAGACGGAAUGGAGAGGCCUCGGUUAGCGUUUGUUUCUGCCCGAGUCUGCGGUGCUCCUGGCACAGGGUCGUCCUGGAAAGGGGUUUCUGGAACUGACCCAGCAGGUGUGCGCGGGAGUGAGGUCAGGGGUCAGGGUAUUUUGGCCCUCGGGGCGAUCCAGAGCCUGCUUUUCUGUCGUCAGUCCUGAGCGUACGUCGAGACAGGCCGCUAACCUCCUCUCCUCUGCACGGGGUCCUGGUCCUUCCCCACACUGGAGAGCUGACAGCCGGCCCCAGCGGGCAGCAAGCCUUCUCCGCCAGAGUCCAGAGCAGGGGUGGAAACCGGCGUCUGGCCUGGGCCAGCAGGCCCGGGUCACCACAUGGACGAGGGUAGCAGCAAGCACCCGCUGCCUUGAUUUUUAAAAAUCCUAUCUUUUGGUUUGCAGGCUUGCCAGGAUCCACAAAGAACCUCCUGCUUGGCUGUCACCGGCCCAAGGCUUCUGCGGCCCCCACAACCUGGCCCUGGUGGCUGCUCGGUUCGGAGCCAGAGGCAGGGUGAGCACAGCUGGCAGGACUGUUCCAGGGGCACGAGGUGGCCUCGUCUGCCGGGGGUCUUCCUGCUGCCCACGGGGGCAGGUGGCGAGCGUCUGAGUGUUGACCUGCUGUAGGUGCCUCUCCCCUGGAGCCCGGCUCUGCCGCGUGCUCACACAUACACCCGAGCACUCAAGCGUUAGGGGCUUUUCUUGGCUGAUGCUCUAGGCCUGCCCUUCCUCUCCAAGACAAGUGGGUGACUUAGAAGGGUUUGAGGUGUUCGGCUGGAGCCGAAGGUGGAUUGUCCAGGGUAGAGGCUGUUCAGAGUCUGAAUGGAGAAAGCUGCACACGCAGGGUCUCUCCCCAGGCCCAAACCCCAGAGGAAAUGCGCUGGCGGAGGGUGAGACUCUGCCCCCUGGGUGGCUGGUCUGUGAUUUGCCUUUAAAGAGAGAGGUUGUCACCCAUCCCUGGUCCCUGCCCGUCCAGCAGUCUCCUGGCAGUUUGCUUGAAAUGCUGGUGGGGCGGGAGCGCCAGGAUGCCUGGAGCUGGCUGGAGGGGGAGCCCGGCUGCCUUCAGCAGGACCCUGCAUGGUCAGCGGGCACUCUGUGUGACCAGUGAGAAGGGGUGCCGCCCCGCCCCCCGUGUAUGGGGGUUCCUGUGGUGCCUCUGGGCAGCCUCGUCGUUCAGCUGUGUUGGGGGGACCCCGACUGGGCCAGGGUAGUUACUACAGAGGAAACACGCCAAGCGUCCUCUCCCCCCUGCCGGCUGUUGCUCACUGAAAGUUUACUGAGCAGUCCUGGCGAAGUUGGGGAGGCUUCCCCGGCUGCGGGGUCCUUCCCGGUGGCCCCGACUCCUGGUUCUACCCCGCCCCCCGCACCUUCUGGUCUUCGAUGCCACAGGAGGGCUGGCAAGGGCUGUGAGUGGUUUGCCUUGGUGCGCCUCCUGUCUCCCAGAGGUGGCACAAAGACGUGAUCAUCAUGGUGCUAAGGAAGAGGCCACUGGCCCUGCUUGUCCAGAGGCAAAUGGGAACUUGACCGAACUAUCCAAGAAGCCCCCGGUCCCGGCCGCCAGGUGUGAGACCAAACUGAGGGGCAUACUCGGGGUCCAGCCUGGGUGGCGUGGGAGAUUUUUACCCCCGGGGUGGGGGGUGGGGGGACGUGUCUCUUUUAGAACGAUGUAACUUGCCUUUGGACCGCGGCUGUGCUGAGGCGGAGCAGUGGGCUGCCCUGUCCGGGCUGCGUCUCCAGGCCUCAUGAGGUCCCCUGUGGGGAUGCUGCUAUUUCUAAGAUGCAAAUUGCACAUUUCCUAGAUUUUGUAUCUGUGGAUUUGGAUGAGGGAGCAGAGCCAAACUGCUUAUACAAUUUGGUAUGGGCCGAAAUGGUACUUCAAAUCUUUUGAUUGUUCCUAAAUAAAAACCUAAAUUUCACGUUUCACA